AUGUUCAAAAUAAUCCUUGUCAUUGCGUUUGCAGUACUGGUUGCGGCGGAACAAUACGAAGACCAUCACUCCCAUCCAAAGUAUAAAUUUGAAUAUGGCGUAAAGGAUUUCCACACCGGGGAUAACAAAGAUCAGUGGGAACAUCGGGAUGGUGACAUUGUGGAAGGACAAUACACGCUGCAGGAAGCUGAUGGUACAAAACGCAUCGUGGAGUACACGUCAGACAAGCAUCACGGAUUCCAGGCUCAUGUAAAACGUGUUGGUCACGCGCAUCAUCCGCAAAUUUAUGGACAUCACUCGGAUGGACACCAUGCGUCUGGCAGCGAACUUGGUGGACACGAUCAUCACGGUCACGCCAGUAGUUAUGCCAAUUUGUAUCAACACCAUCAUUAAGACAUGUGCCAUGAAUUUUGAGGAAAUAAAUCUUAUCGGAAUAAAUCUAA